AUGACUGUGAAGGAGACCAUCCACAUGGAGAUUCAAGUUGUUUCAAGGGAAUACAUCAAGCCAUCUUCUCCAACACCCUCUCACCUUAGAACCUUCACCAUUUCUCUCUUGAACCAGCUCGUCAGUACUGGUUACGUCCCCUUGGUCUUUCACCACCCCAUACCCGAUGCCAGCUCUAUCAAGCCAAUCUUGGCUCAUGUAGGUUUUAUACAACCUGAUUUCUCGGCCAAACACAGAUUAAGCGCGAUACACAGAGUUCUAUUCAUAGAAACCCAUGUUCGUUGUGACAUGUCCGAGUUUCUUGAAAGACCUGAAAUCGAAGUCCUGCACCGAUUUGUUCCUUACCAAGGCUUCGUUCCAGAGCCACCAAAUACCUUAUCUCACGUAGCUAUUCAAGCCAACGUAUUUGCUUCUGGGGGAAUUUCCAUUGGUUUGUCAAUGUCGCACAAGGUGUUAGAUGCAAAUACACUGGCUUCUUUCCUUAGGUGUUGGACUGCCUUGUCUAGCGGCUGUCAGGACCAAGCAAUAUUCCUUGACCUCAGCUCAGCAUCCUUGCUUUUGCCUCCUAGCUCAGAACAACUACCAGGUAGCAUGCAUGGCGUAUUGCAAAGAGAAUUGGUUGAAUCAAGGGAAAAGCACCUUGAGGAGAUUUGUGUUCGAUAG